AUGGCCACAGGCUCAGGAAACGCCGCCCCUCCUCAGCAGAGCGCCGCUGCACACCAGAGUGCCGCUCAGCAGAAUGUCGCUCAACAGAGCGUCCCCGUUCAGCAAAAUGUCCCCAUCCAGCAAAGUGUUCCCACCCAACAGAGCCUCCCCGCUCAACAGAGCACUCCCACUCAGCAGACUGUCACCCAGCAGUCUUUAGCUCAGCAGAGUGUCCCCGCUCAGCAGAGGGGCGCUCCUCUUCAACAGAGUGUCCCUCAGCAAAGCGUGUCUGCUCAGCAUGUUGUGGCUCAGCCCAGCCUCCCUACACAGCAGAGUCUUCCUCCUCAGCAUAGUGUUCCAGCUCAGCGGGACGUUCCAGCUCAGCAAGUCCCUGUUCAGCAUACCGCCAACACGCAGCGACCGGUCACAGCACCCGCUGUUGCUACUGCGACUCCCAGCAACCAGGCCACUGCAGGGCCCCCUCCCUUCCUUCCCUUGCACGUCUUCAAUGCCGUGACGUCUCUUGACACUACCGUCACCCAGAACUACGCCGCGUCUCCAGCUGGGGUCACGAUCGGCAGCAUUGCAGAGAAGAUGACUGACCUGGACCCGGGCAACCGACGCCACAGCAGCGAAAGGACGGAGGGACAGCUUCAGGAACCAACCCUUGCCGACAAGCUCAAGCACAAGCUUCACAUUGGCAAGGACAAGGACACGGACGAUGUCCCUUCUCACGACAAGCACGGCUACACGCAUUACAAGCACGACCAGACUAACCAAGAGUACGCGGACAACUGGCAGUCGGACAAUAUGCGGCCCCUCGACCAUGCUCAGUUGUCUGAAAUCAUGAAGUGUGGCGCGUGGCGUGGCACCAAGCCCAGCGAACUGUUCCUCAAUGUGUACGCGCAAGCCCUCUUGGCCCUCGACAAGGACAUCUUGAACGGAAUGGUCUCGCCUUCUCUCAUGGGCUCGACUGGUGUUGUCCCGUUCACCAUCAUCUCUGUCAUUCCGGACAUUAUCGCCCACCACGCCGACCUCAUCACCCGCGCAGAGCACGAAAUCUUCCUUGCCACCAACUUUUGGGAGGCAUCAACUGCGGCCCAUGUCAUUACUGACGCCAUGCGCGAGCUUUCAAACCGCGUGGUCAAGCGUGGCGGCAAACCGGUGGUCAUGAAGCUUAUGUAUGACCGUGGCAACCCCAAGCAGGCGGUUCAACCUCAUCAGCCUGUGGAUGCCAAGACGUAUACCGGCCCAAAGGUCAAGCUCCCAUGGCCCGAGGAUAUUCCCGGUAUCCAGCUCGAGGUGCAAAACUACCAUGUCCCGCCGGUCGGCACGUUCCACUCAAAGUACAUGGUCGUGGACCGCAAGGUUGCCAUUAUCAACUCGAACAACAUCCAGGACCGUGUCAACGUCGAGAUGAUGGUCCACCUCGAGGGUCCCAUCGUCCAGUCAUUCUACGACAUGGCCCUCCUCUCGUGGUGGAACGAGAUGGACCCUCCCCUGCCGCUACUCUCUCAGAACCCACAGUACCCGGACCCUGGUAGCAGCUCGCACUACCAGUUUGGAACCGACCAUCCCCUUGCCCAGACUCACGGCGACCUGCACGCCGCCGGCGCUCGUGCCUUCAACACACUCUCCUCGCAGCUUGAGCAGUACAACUUCCAGGAGGGAACGACGCAAGCCGGUUUCCAAAAGGCGCAGGACGUAUCCGCUGGACAAGCUGGCUCUCCGCAAGACGCCAUGGUACCCGGUUCUCAACCAGAGGGCACAUCCGCGCCGGCAGUUGGCACGACCCAGCCCCUCAAGAAUACCACCAACAAGAACGAGCACUGGGACCGCUUCAAUGCCGAGGAGGCCAUCCGUGUCAACUCGCAGCUCAACAGCCCUGCGGCCGUCACCCAGCACUUGAAUACUGGAACGCCCAUCAACGCCACCGACACCAGUACAGAGGCGUCGGCGCCGUUCCAGCCGAUUAUUCUGAACGAGCCACACGACCCCGUCCCCAUGGCCAUGGUGAACCGCCCCCCUCGUGGCCGCCCUGGGCAUGGCGACACCAUCGUCCCGCAGGACCAGGCAUGGCUUGCUGGGUUCAAGUUUGCCCGGAAGAACGUCUUCAUCCAGACGCCCACCUUCAACGCCAAGCCCGUUGUCGCUGCGGCGCUCGAGGCCGUCAAGCGGGGCAUCCUGGUGGAAAUCUACGCCGACCUCGGGUUCAACGACGAGGGCGAGCUCCUGCCAUUCCAGGGCGGGACAAACGAAAUGGUCGCACAGCACAUGUACGCCGCGCUCGACCCUGUGGAGCGCCCCAACCUCCGGAUCUACUGGUACACGGGCAAGGACCAGGCGACGCCCAUCAACGCCACGCACAAGAGCCGCAACUGCCACGUCAAGCUCAUGCUCGUCGACGACCAGAUUGCGAUCCAGGGUAACGGGAACCAGGACUCGCAGUCGUGGUACCAUUCGCAGGAGAUCAACGUCCUCAUCGACUCGCCACAGAUAUGUGUAGAGUGGCGCAAGGCGCUCGACAGGAACCAGAACACCAAAGUGCGCGGCCUCGUAAGCAGCCAAGACGGCAUGUGGCGCGACCCCAACGGCAACCUGCUUCCGGGAACCAAGCCGCCUCCCUCUGCCAUGGUGCGGCCGUUUGUGGGCGUGAAAGGUGCUAUACAGCGUGUCCGUGGCGAGGGCGGGUUUGCCACUUGA